UUUUAUUUCAUCCUAAACAGAAAAGACCGCCCCAUCUCUCUCGGAAUCUUUCCUUUGGCUUCUGGAGAUUCUUUGGUUUUACCAGAUGCACGUGGCGGUGAAACACCAGGAAAUGGACCGUGGAAACUUCAAGAACAAAACCACGCACGCUGUAAUACCAGUUUGAAGGUAAAGAUUCGCCCCAGCAGAGGGUUCGAUACAUCAGGCCUAGCCUCAGUGAUUAAGGGGGACACGUCAGAAUUAGAAUUGGUGAGCACCAGGAGUUAUAUCAGAUAGAAUGUUUUUAUAAUUUUGUGAAGUUCCCAUCCAGGAAUUUAUUUUGAGGACAUGUACACGGGUUUUAAUUCAAUGUUAUCUCAUCACACUUGUUUUUGAAUCUUGUUUUAGGAUGAAUUUUUAAACAUUAGCCAGGCAGGUCCCAAGACCGGCAGUACCGAUUCAGACAACAUGGUCCAUGCCGCCUCCAAGGCACAGAAAGAUGAUGUCAUAAGGCAAGCCAAUGCAAAGAAUAACAAUCUGCCAAAUAACAAGAACAGCGAUGAUGUGCGUGUCACUCAGGAGACCACUGCACCAUCGAUGGGUAAGCAGUCUUAAAGGGUCAGUAUGCAUUACAAAGUCAGCCUUUAUUCACCACCACAGUUCAGUCUCUUUGUGGUAAUAGCUAAGGGCUUGGUUCGAACUACUACCACUAGUGCUGAGAUUCUCUCUGUUACAUUGUUGGGAUGAUACUAAAGUUUCCAUGUGAUGAUAAUUUGUGAGAACGCAAUGUAGCACACUGUACAUUUUGGGUGAAAUAAAUCCUGUUCUGUUUGACUUUAUUUUCUGUCAAGUUUCUGGUUACGCUUCCUAUAGUAACUGUGCUAAAGCUUAUGCCUCCCAUGGUCUCUGAAUUUACUUAGUAGCCAGUUUGGUCAGAAAAGCCGAUCAAUGUAUGUGCAUUCGCGAUGAUGUGAUACCAUGGUAACUAUCAUAGAAACUGUCCUCGUUGCAGGAUCCGCAAUGUAUUCUCAAUGAAAACCUUUUUGGUUUUGGCCCAAAGCAUCCUUGGUUUGACUCCUUUUUUUUUUUAAUAGUUUUUUUGUACAUCAUGUAUUUCACUUUAUAUGCAACUUUUUUUAUGCAUUCGUAUUUGUCACAGCAACUGGUCCCUCUGUGUAUCAUGGUAAUUGUCUGUUAAAUAAUUGAUGUUGAUUUUUCCACAUGGAUAGGAAAUGGCAAUUGAAAAUGAUGUACUCUUGUAAAUUCUGAUCCCAGAACAGAGUUUUUUGGAGAAUACAUCCAUCAAUAAAAUAAGAAAACUACACCAUACAAAUUCUAAAUAGUAUUCUUUAUUUUGUGAGAUUACUGAUAGGAAAAAAAAAUGCAAUUUCCAGGGAAUAUAAGCAAGGACUGUUUUGGUCUCCGUGGAUAUUUUGUUCUCGCAUGGCUAGUGAUGCAGCAUCAGACACGGCCACUUUUACUACAUAUAACAUUACUGCUGAAAUAACUCCACUACCACAAAGUCAGAAUGUACACCCGAAAACCACGGAUGACUGAGGAGAAUGUCUAGUGCUCUAGAACAUCAGGGAGUUUUGUUAAAUACUACGUUUAAGUCGUUGUUUCUGCACUGGUAUUCUGUUCAUAUGGACUCAAACUUCGCAUCUGAACAAAGAGAUUUUUUUUUAUUAAAUACAAAUCAUUAAGGUACUGCAUAGCCCUUGUCGUGAACCUGCACAGUUUGUUUAGGACCUGUGAAUAAUGCAGAUUUUCAAUCUUUCUUUUUAUAGUUAUGAACCAAUACACUUUUAUAUUAUUAUUUUUAUACGUUGUGCUUACUUGGAUACAUCUUUAAACACUAUUAAUCUAUUCUACAUAAUGUGUUUUUUCUAUCUUGUUUUGUGCUUUUAUUGUUCGAUCCAUGGUUAGGCCUCUAGAUGGGGUUUUGUGUUGCACUAAGCCUGCAUUACAGCCUUUAACUGUGUUGCAGGUUGUUUUUGUAAGACUUUCUUUUCUUAUUGGUAGGGAUUCUCUAACCUAUACAAGUCAGAUCUUUGUCACAGCAUUUUUCUUAAAUCCCAGAUAACUAUAUAGUUGUCCUUAAUGUCUUUACCAAAUAAUUUAUUAAUGCUAGGCUCCCUUUUAAUGGAUUGAUUUUUAAAGAACAUAUUGAUUACGUCUGCGCUGAAGGUAACGUUGCCAGAUUUCAAUGUGAAAGAAAGGACUCUGCAGGAUGUUAAGUGCAAACAAAGCAUUUUGUUGUGGGGUAAUGGCUGAUAGAACCGCAAUACAUUAAAGUAGCGUUGGUAGACUGAUGGCCUCGGGCUUUGUAAAUGUGAUGGUGGUCAAUACAAGUCUCAUUUCUGUUCUGUAGAGUUUUGUUGGUUUUUUGUUGUUGUAAAUAUUGAAACCAUAUGGACCUGUAGUAAUGGGGUGAUCUUCCUGUGCUCUCCUGUAUAGUACAGCACCCUAUUAAUAUAUAGUACUCGAGGUAAUGGUUAUUGGUUCUCUGUGUGACACAGCGUUUUAUUAAUAUAUAUUACUCGAGGUAAUGGUUUUUGGCUCUCUGUGUGAUACAGCGUUUUAUUAAUAUAUAGUACUCGAGGUAAUGGUUUUUGGCUCUCUGUGUGACACAGCGUUUUAUUAAUAUAUAGUACUUGAGGUAAUGGUUUUUGGCUCUCUGUGUGAUACAGCGUUUUAUUAAUAUAUAGUACUCGAGGUAACGUUUUUUGGUUCUUUGUCUGACACAGCGUUUUAUUAAUAUAUAUAGUACUCGAGGUAACGUUUUUUGGUUCUCUGUGUGACACAGCGUUUUAUUAAUAUAUAGUACUCGAGGUAAUGGUUUUUGGCUCUCUGUGUGACACAGCGUUUUAUUAAUAUAUAGGUAAUGUUUUCUUGGUGGGUGUGUGUUUUUAUAUGGUUUUGUUACACAAGUAAUGUAUCAUUUUUCUUGAGAUGGUGCAGAUAAUCUUCUCUGGAGUUUCCUGCCUAACUGAAAUGUAAUUUAAUUGGAACCGGUUUAAUUUGUAUCAGUCAAAUGUUAGUUUUUGAUGUGUGUGUGCUUUUUUUUCCCCCCCAGUUGUUUCUUUCUUAAAUCCAUUACUUUGACAUCAUAAAAAUAAAGUGACAAUAUAGGCACCAAAACUGUAGCUUAAUGAAGCCAUUUUGGUGUAUAGAUCAUGUUUAUACAGCCCUGGUCACGUGCCCCUGCAUGUGACUUGCACAGCCGUCCUAAACACCUCCUGUAAAGAGAGAUCUAAUGUUUAAACUUCCUUUACUGCACAUUCUGUUUAAUUUAGAAUUUCUUCUCUCCAUAUCUGACAAUAAUCUGCUACAGCCUGCAGGAGCCUCCUGUCUGUGAUUAAAGUUUUAAUUUACAGAGCAGAAGAUAAAAAGAAUAAAACUCCUAAAGCGAAAUAUCUGAUUAAAAUGGAACCAUUUUUUUUUUCAUGCAGCUAUCGGUGUGAUCCAGUCUUGGGAGGUUUGGCCAGGGCUGUAUAAACACAAAGAAAAGCUUUUUUUGUUUGUUUGUUUUUGUGUUUAUCUCCUUAAUGGCAGAGAAUUGAGCAGGGACUGCAGGGAAAUGAUCAAUACACCAAAACUGCUUCGUUAAACUAAAGUUGUUUUGGUGACUGUGGUAUCCUUUUAAUGGCAUUUUGCUUAUGCAUUUAUUAUUUCAGGUCUAUGAUCCCAAUCAAUAUUUAGCAGUUAUCGGAAACAUUUUACAAUUGCAAUUUUAAAGCUAAACAUUUAAAUGAACACUGCAAUGUAAUCAAUUAACUAUCAGAGCUCAAAAUUUCCUCUAGCCAUUGGCUAAUGAAAAUUCCACCAUACGAGUAGAAAUUCGGUGUGUUCGUGAUUCUCCUGGCUUUUAUGCUUAUACUAUCCCUUUAAAAAGUCACUGGUCACCUGGAAUAAAAUGUAACUUUUUAAUGCAUUUCUUCAAUUCACAACUUUGGGUUUGUUUUUAUAUAUAUAUUCAUAUAAACCGUGGUCGUUUUCCCCCUAUAAAGCAGCUUAAUAUUAGAUUUUUUUUUUUUUUUUUUAUAGGUACCAAUAACAAUGAGGAGAAAUCUGAGGUUCAGUCAAUCAUUGAAUCAACACCAGAGCUGGACAUGGAUAAGGAACCCAAAGGAUUUCAGUUUUCCAGGUACAAAUUUUAUUUGCUGAAACUUUGGGCCUUAAAGGGACACUAUAGUCACCAGAACGACUACAGCUUAAUGUAGUUGUUUUGGUGAGUAUAGUCAGUCCCUGCAGAUUUUUUUUUAUUUUGUGUUUACAUUAAAGACUGGGGACUCCUCCAGUGGACCCUCCUCCGGUGGCUGGAGGUGCUUCUUGGGGCAGUGGUAACACUAUAGGGUCAGGAAUACAUGUUUGUGUUCCUCACCAUAUAGUGUUCCUUUAAUUACUAAAACCACACAUUGGUGCUAGGCUAUUUUUGUGCACAGGAGGUCUGUCCGCAUUAUGGGCAAAUGGUAUAGGUUCUCUCUCCAAUGACACUUGUGAGCAAAAUGUAUUUCAGACAUUUUUAAUUGUUCUCUACUCUGUUUUGGCUUAACCUCUACAACUGGCCCUCUGCAUUCUGGUGUCAAUGACUGAAAUACUGAGCAUAUGCGUCUUAGAAGGAGCACAAGUGUUCUAAUCCCAGUCGAGUCCUCUUAAUAGGUUUUCUGAUACCUGCCAACCCAGGACUCUUGUUUUAACUGUAUACCUGAUAUUGUCAGCCAGUAAACACUGCUGGCCCCAGAACCAGGGCAUCUUUGUUUGCCAGUUAUAUAUACCUUACAACUCACAUUUUUGUAGAAACUGAAGUGAAGUUAGAAAACCACUCAAAAGUUUUCCUCGUCCUCCGAAUUAUGCAUGUAUUUAUUUUUCACCAUUUUUUUCCCUCCACGUUCAGUACUCCAACAAAGGGCAUUGAAAACAAAGGGUUUGAUCGGAACACGGAAUCCUUGUUUGAGGAGCUUUCAUCAGCUGGAACAGACCUAAUCGGGGACGUUGAUGAAGGUGCAGAUCUGUUAGGUAAGCUUUUUUAUGUUGCUGGAUUGGCUUCUGCUUUGUUAACCACAAAAAAAGAACCUAUAAAUUCUGCAGUAGAUUUAAAUGUAGAUUAGAGCAUAAUGCGAAACUCUUAGUUCUUAUAAUCUGCUCCAUGCACGAACAACUGAGAAAUAUGUAUGAGGAAAGACCAGAAACCGAGAUUCAGGGGCUUCUAAUGGACACAGUAAGGGGAAAUAAAUAAAAGGUGAUAGAACAAUGCACAUUUAUUAUGGGAUGGAACGGCCUGUAAGGCUAGUGUUAACUGUAAUAUUUAUAUAUAAUAAAAUAUAUCUCUUACAGGCAUCUUAACAAGAAGCAAUCUCUUCAAUGUUUGCUGUUCCAAGCCAUAAAACAUUAACGGUUUCUCAGUUUUGUUUUUUUUCGAAUAAUCUUGUUUAUUUCAGGAAUGGGGCGAGAAGUUGAAAAUCUUAUCCUAGAGAACUCCCAGCUUCUAGAAACAAAGUACGUGGCUUUAUGUAUCUCAUGUAUGCUACAAUUAUUAUAUAUAUUUUUUUUUUUCUCACCAUCUGAUCCUUUCUUCCUACAUUUUUAUGCUCCGAUUUCCAUCAGUCCAGUAGUAACAUUGCACAGUAGCUUGCUUUAAAUCCGUUCUUGUUUUCCUUGAUCUUUUUUGACCCAAACCCCUGUUUUCACUUCUUAAUAAAGAGGCCUCUAUAGUAGUUUGGGAUGUUUGUUGAGAUUUUGGUUUCAUAUACAUUUUAUUUUUCGGGGGGUCGGAGAGGGUUUAUUCCUAUUUGUGUACAUUUUUAGUACAUUUAUUUUACUUACAUUUUAAACUACUUUAUUUUUCCCCAUUGCCUAGAAAUGCUCUAAAUGUCGUGAAAAAUGAUUUGAUCGCAAAGUUGGAUGAGCUUGUGUGUGAGAAGCAGGUCUUGGAGGAAGAACUGUUGGUCAUAAAGCAGUCGAAAAGCAAGCUUGAGGAAAGGAACAAGGAACUGGAGGAAGAGCUGAAGAAGUGGGUAUUUCAGCUCUGCAGACAAUCCAGGGCUUUAUUUUGCAUAAUUAUCGGCCAGCCUUUAGCCAUCCACAAUAUAUUUAUUGAAGACUUACAUUCUGUUUCUCCCGGACACUGGCAACCAUUUCCCCCACCCCACACCCCUCUAUUAUUAAGAUUAGCACCAGAUAAGCCAGGAACACAUAUUACUAUGUUAUUAGAUUAUUAACCCCUUCAGUACCAAAUAAAGGUAUUCUUCCCCCCCCCCCCACACACACACACACAUUUUCUUAUAUCUUGAUCCUGUUUACACUUUGAAACCGUACAGUACAAAAGGGUUUAGUUGCAUAUGUGCUUUAACUCUUUCUAGGGCAAGGGCAGAGACUGAAGAAGCGCGGCAACGGGGCAAAGACGAGGAAGAUGUGAGUCUACUAAAAUGACGUUUUGUAAUGCCUGUAAUCUAAUAAGGCCAGGGCUGUGUUAUUUGAUAAAAUUAUCUAACUGCACUUUGUAUAUUGUUAAAGAGCGAUGUCCCUACUGCUCAGAGGAAAAGGUUUACCCGGGUAGAAAUGGCUCGAGUGUUGAUGGAGAGAAACCAAUAUAAGGAAAGAUUGAUGGAGCUCCAGGAAGCCGUGCGAUGGACUGAAAUGAUAAGGUUUGUGAUCACAUAUUUCCAGUUUCAGCGAACAUUUCUUCUAUACAAGUUUCUGAAGGGAACUAGAGCAAAAUUAUAAGGUUAUUAAUGUUUGAAAAAUCAAUUUUGUGACAUUCACAGUAUCUGUGAAAGUGUUUAUCUUAUCAGACGAUUUUGUUUAAAAUUAGACUCCAUAUUUUCCAAUAGGUUAGGGAAGGAUUUUUUUUUUUUUUUUUUAAUUCUUUAUUUUAUUUGUGCACGAGAUAACAUAAAAGCUGACGAUGCCACAACAGCAUAGUACAAGCCCAUUAAAGAAAGGUAUUUCACACAGAUGGCAUUGAAUUAUUGGCACAUUUUUAUUUUGUAUUUGUAAGAGGAUAAACAAGCUAGGUACACACAUCUAAUUGUAAGUCACCAGAGUGACAAGCAGUAACAUCAGUAUGCAUUAUAAGAGUAACUGUGAUGCAACUUAAUGUUGCGUAUGAUCUGGCAGCAUGACUAGUCUGGAUAAUGCUAUACAGUUAACUGUUCUAAGAUAGGCUAAUCGAACUGUCAAUGCUUCCGGUAUUCAAGCGGCAAAACAGUCAUAUAACACAUUUAAACAAAACUUUGCGUUAGAGGGCCUGUGUGUACAAUUUUAUAGUAAGUAGAUAAACAUGCAGGAAAAUUCAAAAUAUGUUAAGUAGGAAUUGGUGAGACUCAUUCACAUAUGUGUAGAUCAUGCUAGACUUGCGGACGCUGAUUUAAUCACAUAACAUGCUGGCUAGGAGUAUAAUAACAGGUUAGGUACGCAGUCACAGGUUAUGUAGAUAGAUAAAAACAGGCUAUUAGCAGGUUUAAUACCUGACUCACUGAUGUGUUUGUUAGCCUGAGCGAGUUCAGUGGAGCUAGUGUCUAGUUGUAUAGGCUAUGCUAGGCUCUCUAUUGCUGCCUGGGGUUGUGUAACAUGCUGGCUGGAAUCGUAUAACAUGCUAGCUGGAGUCAUAUAACGCUUUCUUUUGUAAUAUAGCCUGUAUUGGCAUAGGCAGGCAACUAAGGACGCCUAAACAUAAAAAAGAAAAAACAAAAACAAAGUUUAAGCACAUAGUCAACAGCUUUGUUUGUCUGGGUACAGACGGGUUAAGCUGUUGUUGCAUGUCCUAGCGGGUGGCAUGGGUACCGUGCUCAGGAACAAUUGGCACUGUCAGCCAAUGCCUCAGCUUUGUGUUGCCACAUAGUCACUGGUAGCUGCUGGGUAAUAGAUCAUCCGAUGCCCUGUCUGGAGGCUGUGAGUGCAGGUGUGGGAUGGAUGUCAGUGAGCCCCCCCCCGUCCGUGCCUCGGGACCCUUUGUGUUCACAUGGGCUUCUCUGUGUAUUCCAGGUGGGGCACCCUUCCUGCCCUGAGACUCUGUGAGAGCCGGUACCACCAUUUCACAGACCCGUCGCCGUUUUGGGGCCUGGUCCUUCCCCGGUGUGGGGCUGCAUGACCCCCACCGGUCCAUAGCAGGGGGAACGUGGACCCUGGUACAGAAGCUCAGUCGGUCGUGGCGGCAGAGGAGCGGCUGUCUCCCCUGCACUCGCCAUGCUUGUAGGCCUCAGACUCCUAUCAGGCAAAUGUUGCUCCAAACGGCUUUUAAGUGGUAUCAAUUCGUGCUGCUGGUUAUCACCUUUUGUUUGGUGACUGUCUCGCUUCAAUAAAUUGUCGUUUGGGCAAUGAAAGUUCACUUUAAUCGUUGCCUGCAGCAGGAGCUGUUGAGGUUUGCUUCCUCUCAUCUCUGCGGUCAGGCUCCGUCCCUCCGGGAAGGAUUUUUUUAAUUGGGUGGGGGAACAGUUUAAAUGUCCUUCAGAGUUAUCCCCAAACCUGCUCUGAAGAACAUGUGAUAUUCCAUCUAGUUGGGGUGUAUAUUUUUGAGAAGCCAAAGUGAAUUUCAAUUUUUAAACCGUUAACAGCCAGAUUAGUAAACUCAGAGAUGGUUUUGAUUCAAACAAAUUUUUUUGAAAAAUAUUACAUUUUAGACUACAACAGCUGAUGUUAAUACGGUGUGGAAAAUGGUACUGUAUUGCUGUUUGAUACAAGCAUACAUAUUCGAUUUAUAAUGUUAAUACUCAUCAGUUUUCUGUGGUUUUUUUAAGUCUAAGUAUGUGUUAACUUUUAAAGCACUUUGUAUUUGCAAACCUCAAAGCCUAAUAUCUCAGCAGUACAAUUAAAAAAAGUUUAAGUAUAUCUGUUACCAAUGCAUCUCCUACAGGCUUUCUAGUCAUCCUUUGUAUGUCAUGUAGACAUGGAAAGGGUUAUUCACUAAACUGUGACAAUAUUGAAAUUUCACUAUGAAAAUGUACAUUUUUGGACAAAAUAGUCAAAUAGGAUAAAUUCUCCAGCUCAACUUUGCUUAGAUUUGGGGUUUUUUGGCCAAAAAAUGUAUAAUUCUGCUGUCAAUUCCUUUUUGGAAUAUGAAAUAAAAGGAAAAAAAUAACAUAAGGUUUGUUUGGCUUUUUUAUUUUUUAUUUAUUUUUUUACAUUGGUUUUAUUUUGCUUUAUUUUUAUUCAUCUAGUUAUUUCAUUUAAAUGUUUUGGUUUACAUUCCAGAGCAUCGAGGGAGAACCCAGCCAUGCAGGAGAAGAAGAGAUCGAGUAUCUGGCAAUUGUGAGUGUGAAAGUUAAACGUUGUAUAAAACCAGAUUUGUGGAGCGAGAAUGUAGUACGUUUGAUUAAAGUAAUGAUUUCAUCGUGGUCACCGUUCUCCCCGCAGGAUCACAGAAACCAUUCACUUCAUGCAGCCCCUGUGCCACUGUAUGCUCCUGCUUAUAUAUUCACUUGUUACACUUUGCCCCUGCAAUGCAUUUUAUACAGAAUUGCCCUUUGCCUCUUAACAUUAUUACCACAAAUUUUCCCAGGCCUAGUACAUAGUGUUAGAUUGUGGAAAGUGUUCAUGAGCUUGUUUAGAUAAAAAGUCACUCUUUACCAUUCUGUUAAUAGAUCUAACAUAAUGCUUGGUUUGUUGUGAAUCCUGGGAGAUGCAGCAGGUUUGAACUCCUGAAGUUCGCUACUAUUUAUACAAUUUGCUGUUUAAGAUUUUUUUGUUUCUCCAUUUAUUUAUUUUCGAUUUUGUUUUCAGUUUUAGUCGAUUGUUCAGUUCGUCCGGCACGGCUUCCAAGAAGCCUGAUCUUCCUGUUAACGUGAAGUACAAUGCACCCACCUCACAUAUCACGCCAUCUGUCAAGAAGAAGAGCAGUGCCUUAUCUAAACUUCCCAGCGACAAAUCGAAAGCGUUCGACUUCCUUGAUGAGUGCGUUUGUAUAAAAUCUUUCCUCUUUAGUGCAUGUGAUUUAUUAAAGCGGGUCUGGCACUGGGGUGGGGGGAGAGAGUUGACAUCAAUCAUACCAGCAUAUAAUUAUAGUGUUAUUUGUUGUUGUUUUUUUUUUUGUAACAGUUGUAAUUGUUUGCAGCACCAUUCAUUACCUGUUUGUGCUUACAUUUUCUGUCUUUUGAGCUUAGGACACCCCUAGCCUACCCCAGCAUGCACCUGGCUGCUCCUGCUAUUUAGUUCAUGCUCCAUCUGCAUUCUAAAUGGUGCAAAAAAUUAUGAAUUAUAACUUUUAAAAUCACAGUCAAUAUAGAGUCAGGCAAUUUACGUCCCACUGUAGUACUGUGCCACCAGUAACGUCACACGUAGUAGUAAUUGUUUUUCUACUGUGAAAACUGACACCAUUAUGAUUAUUCAAUAAUCAGAACUGAUGCCUCUACAAACUCCCGGCGAGAACAGAAACGAGAGCAGUACCGUCAAGUGAAAGCACACGUGCAGAAAGAAGAUGGACGGGUUCAAGCCUUUGGCUGGAGUCUUCCUCAGAAGUAUAAACCGGUAAUAUAUAUAUUGCGUCACCCGCUAUCGUUUUACUGCACUACAGGCUACAAUUCUUUGAAGAUUAAACAUCAUCAACACUUUAAAACAUAUUUUAAGCCUCGUAGUACUUUCAUUCAUUUCUCAAAUACGUUGUGUUCAGCCAUUCAGCACCCUCUCGUUACAGUGGAAGCUGUAAAUUGCUUUCUGGUUUGCUGCUGUGUUGCGCUCCUCUCCGUUGUGCUUGUCGUUACUGAACGUUGGAUUUUAAAGAUUUUAGGAGACCGUUUAAGUUUUAUAUCACAUGUUUCUAAGCACAGAUAUGUUAAGUAAAAUGAUGUGAAAUUAUUUAUGGCCACAUUGGCGCAAACAUUGUUAUAUAUACUUUUGUCUUUAAGAAUCCUGCAGGACAUGCAUGUUCAUGUUUUGAUAUUAAGUAAUAGAAGUAGUUUUUAAAUUGUAUUUAUUUUAUUAAUUUUCUAGUUGGCGAAUGGAGGUCAGAGUGAGAAUAAAAUGAAAAACCUCCCGGUUCCAGUUUAUUUAAGACCAUUGGACGAAAAGGAUAGCUCAAUGAAGGUAAUGAAUGUACAAAUAACAGGCCUUGAUUCCAUUCUAUCUUCAAGAAACCAUAAGCAGUUCUGUUGCUCGAGUAGUAUUGUCCAAUAAAUGUGCAUUCUAAGCAUAUUAGUACAAGGGAGGUUGUAAACCUCCACGACUAGUGCAAAAAAAACUGUCGAGCCCCACUUCAUGUCAGAAAACAAUUGAAGCUACAAAAUGUGUUGACAUUUUCUGAAUUGGAACAGUAACACUGCUAUUUUUCACAGCUGUGGUGUGCGGUUGGUGUUAACCUAUCUGGUGGAAAGACCAGAGAUGGCGGUUCAAUUAUCGGAGCCAGUGUGUUUUACAGUGAUGUAUCAGGGUCGGAAAUGGAAAGCCAUAAACUGCGCAGCGAAUCGCAGAGCAGUUUAGAGAAACUUGAACAGGAACUCAAAGUAAGACACCCAGUUUAGUUUGUAACUGCAUAAAACUUCUAUUUUAGAGUUUUUAAUGUGAUUCUUAACUUUUGUUUCUUUUUUUUCCUCUGGAGGUGCAACAGAAAGAGCUCAGACACCAGGAUGAAUUAUCAAGCCUUGUGUGGAUUUGCACGAGCACGCACUCGUCCACUAAAGUCAUCAUUGUAGAUGCCAACAAUCCGGGCAAUAUGUUAGAUAGCUUCACCGUAUGCAACUCCCAUGUUCUGUGUAUAGCGAGUAUUCCAGGUAUGAUACUCAUUUUAUCCAUCGUGGCUUGCUACUCUUUGUAUACAGAAAUAUUUUCUGUUGGAAGUUGCAGAAUCAUAUUUUUAAAGUCAGUUUUUGGUAUUACAGUAAAUCUUUUAUUUGGAGCUGAGUGAGUAAUUGAAUGAAAAUUUGGAAAGCUGUUAUAUUAAAAGAAUUUGCUUCUUACAUUUAAUGUCAUGGAAACUAGAAUUUUAUAUAGCUAUGAAUGUUGAUGUAUUUAUAUUUAUUGUUCAUAUUGGAUUAUGGAAUGUUACUUUUCUGAUUCACCUUAAAAAUGCCAAUUUUAUGCAUUAUUUAAUUUAUGGCUGAUGGAAUAUUAAAAGCUAUUUGUUCUGUAUAACAGGGGCUAUGGAAACAGAUUACCCUUCAGGAGACACCACCAAAACUGACUCUGAAUCCUGCCCAGCAGAUAAAUCUUCCUUAUCUGAGAGUCUCCAGAGCAGCGGCUCUUCUGGAACGGACAAUGUUGCUGUAGGAGUAAAAGUGUCCUCUGGAGAUGAUGCAGAAAUUUCUGUAACACAGGUCCCAAAUAUUGUUUCUCCAGAGACUGAAACUAGUUCAGUUGUAGGUAUGUACAUGUGUCUUUGUGUAUAUUUUAACUGUACAGACAGACAGGCGUACAGAAAUGCAAUAUUUGAACUUCCUGGCAUUGCCAAAUAACCAAUGAAAAAACAGAUUAGCUAGAAAUGUUGUUUUAUUAAACAGUCUUUUAAAAAAAAGAACAGAAUGCUAGACAGAUUAAAAGAAAAAGCACUCCAGGUUGCACAAGUGCUUGUGUGUAGAGUGUGUCCUCUGUUUCAUUGUUUUCAAUAGAAAUCUGCACUUUUUUAAAUAAACACUAAAUCUCAGCACCCUAUAUCUCAGACAGUUAGGCGGUGUUACUUUAUUGGGUAAACGCAAAAGCAGGUGCUUGAACAAAGGGAUUGUCUUUGAAAGAAGUCUGUGAUUGGACAGCUGUGUGCACGAACAACUGGUCUUCAAGACCUCUCUAUAUAAGAAGCUUCAGGUUAUUCCCUGGUUUAGACACUAAAGUCAAGCUUUCUCAUCUGCAGACGCUAGAUAUUGCAAGCUAAGAUUUCAUAUACCCAAACCCCGAGAAAACUUGCAAAAUAAAUUGCAUGCAUACUUUCAUUGGGGUGUAUCUACUAAACUUUACAAACUGUUUUUUUAGUAAUGUAUAGAUCGUGCUAUGUGCAGACAUUUCAUGGUUUCUGAUUACCAGAUCCCAACACCGCAAAUAGUGAACUGGAUGACAAUGUACUGACAGCAGAGGAGGCAACGGAAGCCACAGAGGUUGGAGUUGGUUCGUCAGAUGAUGUUGCUGACAUUUCUCAAACCGGAAUCUAUACAGAACAUGUCUUCACAGACCCUCUGGGUGUCCAGAACACUUCGGAAGACACGUCAGGAUGCCCGCUGAGGUUAGUUUUACCAUCGAUAAGUAGAACCACACAGUCUACAUUUUAUGCUAGUAAAUUAUUGCUAUGUGUUUUUAUCAUUGGGUUACUUUGUUGCUACUAUUUUGUUUGAUCACAGCGAUGACAGCGACUUGUAUAAAGAUGGUGUUGCCACUUUACCCACUGACCAAGACCUGAUGAGAGAAGAGGCGCAAAAAAUGAACAGCUUGUUACCCACAAUGUGGCUCGGAGCACAGAAUGGACAGUAAGUUCCUAAGACCAUUGUUUGCAUGGUCGUGAAAAUAUAUAUUUUUUUCCAAGGUUUCUCUGCAACCAGCUGCCAGCUUGCUGAUAUUUUCAUCUGAAUUCUAGAUGUGGAUCAGGUAGAUUGCUAAAUGUGCUAAAUGUGGAUCAGGUAGAUUGCAGCCUUCCUGAAAUGGAAUUUCCACCUACCUCAGAUAACUUAACCAAGUAGCAAAUAUCGGAGAAGAGCGAGGAAGGAGAGGGUGCUUUGUGUCGCCCCCAGCACUUUACUAAUUCAAGGCACCUGUAAAAGCAUUUAGUUUAGUGUAAGGCCUUAAAGUGUACUACUCCUCUGUCCAAAUUCUGUUGCCACAGCUGUUGGAUUUCUUUAAAGUGUGCCAGUCAUGCAAAAAGAAUGUGUUAUUCCUUUAGAGAGAAUGAAAUCUAACAUCCAGGAUAAAUACUGGUGUCUGAAUAAAGGUGGUGGGGAGAGGGGGUAAUACAAUCCUGAAGUGUGUCACCUCCCACAGUCCCUGAUAUACAAGUCUUCACACUAGAUCCAUUACCUUUCUUUUCUCUUAUCUUGUCUUUAUCGGCUAAUGAGAUAAAACUGAGGUAAAACGGUUUCUAACUAGCCGUGUUUUCCUUAUUUGCAGCCUUUAUGUUCAUUCUUCUGUUGCUCAGUGGAAGAAAUGUCUCCUCACUAUAAAACUGAAGGAUUCGAUUCUCAGCAUUGUGUAAGUUACAUCAGUUCUAUACACUUGCAGUUUCCAUUUACUGUUUUGUGUGAUGUCUACAAUAGAAAGGAAAAAAUACAAAGACUCCAUUGUCUUUUGAGAAAAAUAUUUACCUGUGGUUUGGACUACAUGCUUUUACCGUUAAUUGGUAUUAUGUGACGUUUAGUAUUGCGUAUCUCCUCUAAGCAUGCAACUUAAAGACAAAUAUUAAAUUAUAUAUAUAUUUUUAUUUAUAACUUGGCUACAUAUAAAGUAAGGAUACGAGUAUUUCUUAGCCGUUCUAAAUCGGGUGUUUUUGUGGUUCAAUACACGUGUUGCCAAAUGGCUAGUCCUAUAUUUUUGCCACACUACCAAUAUUUAAAAAAGUGUCAGAGGGGCUAUUUAUGGAAAGCCUGAUUUCUCAAUUCUCCUGACCUUCCAAUGUUUCUUUUCUACACUUUUUUAAUAUAUAUUUUUCCCAACACAAUAUUAAGACUAUGUGAUACUGUUUAAUUCAUGCUAUUUGUGGUUUUGUAUUACAAUAUAUUCUUAAUAGUAAAGUAUUUGUAGCCUUAUGACCAUUUUUAUUUUAUUUUUUUAGGACCGGAUGUAAAAAUUCUCAUUAUCUGUUUGUUUUGUUUUCUCUUGCCUUUUCAGCCACGUGAAGGGGAUCGUUCUAGUUGCUUUAGCCGAUGGGACCUUGGCAAUAUUCCAUAGAGCGGUCGGUAUGUAUCCUGUGCUGUUAAUAAUAGAUCUUAACCGUCAUGAUGCUGUCUGUUCAUUUUUGAAAAGAUGUUAUUUUUUUUAUGAACAUGAAUAUUAGGUCUGUUUCUUUUAUUAUAGCACCUGCUUAUUCAAAUAUUGUUUUGGGGGUCUCCACUAGACUAGGAAUUGUGAAAAAUGAACAAGGAAUGUUUAUGCUACAUUAGCAAAGUUGCAAAGUAGCCAACUUGCAAAGAUUCUCCAAUUCAGCUAUUUUCACUUAAAAGUGGUAAAUCUUGUGAAUAAUCUAGUUUUGAUUAACCAUGGCAGAGGUGUGUGCUGUAUGUUCAGCAAUGUGUUCUCGAUCAGUUGCUCGUAGUUUUAAAUGGUUAAGGGAACUUUUCUGGUUAUCCUCUCUCUAUUGUUUUAUGUACUCUCACACUAUGCUACCUCUUCUGACACAAUAGGCACCAAAACAACUUUAGCUUAAUGAAGCCAUUUCGGUGCAUAGAUCAUCCCCCUGAAGUCUCACUGUUCAAUUAUUCCGAGGCACUCCUGGCACCAUAACCACUACGGUGCUUACUGUUUUUCAAUUGAUUCCCAUUAAGCAAUGUUUAUUAUUCUCACCUGUAAUUCAGAACCUGCUGUUUUUCAGACGGGCAGUGGGAUCUGUCGAAUUAUCACCUGCUUGAUUUUGGCCGUCCCCACCACUCUAUCCGAUGCAUGACUGUUGUCCACGAAAAGGUCUGGUGCGGAUACAGAAACAAAAUUUAUAUUGUGCAUCCAAAAACAAUGAAAAUCGAGGUGAGGAUUUUAUAUUUGGGCUAAUAUGAGGAUUUUAGAUUUUGACUCAUCAUGCCCUGUUCCCCUCUUAAUGUAGUUUAAUGUCCUUCCCCUUCAAAGGGUUUUUAUUUUUUUUUUAAUGACGUACAUUACUCAGCUGGUUCUCUAAAUGAGCAUUUUGGUAUUUAUAAUAUUUUUCUUUUAUGUUUUUAUUUUGUGCCUCCUCAGAAAUCCUUUGAUGCACAUCCAAGGAAAGAAAGUCAAGUCAGGCAAUUGGCAUGGGUUGGAGAUGGAGUCUGGGUUUCUAUUCGAUUGGAUUCCACACUCCGUCUGUACCACGCACACACUUAUCAACAUUUACAAGAUGUGGACAUUGAACCAUAUGUUAGUAAAAUGCUGGGUGAGUUAACCCAUAACCAUAAAUUAUACAUAGAAGUCCUUGGGUGGGUGAGACAUUAUUGCAAUAUGAUAAGGCCUUGCCUCGCUGAGAUUCUGAUAACAUGGUGUACUAUUAAUCAAUAUGGCUCCAAUUAGCAGCCAGCUGGCUUUGCUCUAUACUACCACUCCAUAGCAAAAUAUGGUGUUUAGAGUUACUCUUAUUUGCUGCCAUAACUCUGUAGUGUUCACUUAUAUUUUCCAUAGCUUACCAACGAGACUGAAGAAAAAUUGACCGUCAUUAUUCAUGUGAUUUGUUUUUUAAAUAAAUCUUAAUUCUUUAAUGUAUUGUGUCUAUAAAAGUGUAACAAAUUUCAUAGUGAGCAAAAAAACAAGUUCACCCCUUGCGCAUGGUGCCUAGAGAGAUAUCUGCUAUACGUCACUGACGAUGCCUAACAAGGUUGAAACGAUCGUCUGGGGUUGCUGUAUCUCUCGUUUUGGAUCUGUUCUGCCUAUUUUGGUGGAAUCAGUCUGAGAUGCGAACGGCCUGACUGUUUUUGAAAUGGCAUAAGAUGAGCUAAAACCAGCUUGAGAACUGAGCUCCACCGAAGGGCAGGCUAAUUGAGUUGUUGUCCAUUUUCAGCACUUUCUUGCAACUUGUCUUUUGCUCUCCUUAAAUUUCAUGUGAAAUAUAAAACUGUGACACACAUUCUCUAUAACUCCGUUCUUGCUAUUGAUAAGCAAUGAAUGUGGCAUAGCGAUUAAUACACCUUGCUAAGAGACACUAGCAAAGGCUUUCUCUUGAUGCACUUAUGAUUUAUUUUGUAAGUAACAUUUUGGUUCUUUAUUGCUGCUGUAAUUAAACAGUGCAUUCUGCUAUUCAGCUCUGUGUUUGUUGGCAAAAAUUAUCAAAAAUCUGGUAUGGAUAUGGAAGACUAGGAACCAGGAGCAUGUACGGUGAUUUCACCUUGCAAACAUGGUUUGUAACCCGCUGGAUUCGCAGAAUUACAAUCUGUUCACAGUGUUUGUGAAGCAUUGUUUUCAUGUUUAUGAUAACUCUGAUUUAUUGAUGAUUUUAUCUUUUCAUAUUAGGAACUGGGAAGCUUGGGUUCUCGUUUGUGAGAAUAACCGCUCUUAUGGUAUCAUGUAAUCGACUUUGGGUCGGGACAGGGAAUGGAGUGAUUAUUUCAAUCCCUCUGACAGAAAGUAAGUAGCAUUAUAUCUUUACAUAAAACUGUUAUGAAAUUUUCAGAAAAAGCAAGUUUGUAUUUAUUGUGUUUUGUGUUUUUUUUUUUAAAUUAAAAUGUAUUUCUUGCUUAAUGAACCACAAUCAUCUGAAGUAAUGAACUUUUUAUCCAAGCUGUCUUUAUCAUGAAGGGCCUCAAUCCAUAAUGUAUGACUCCCUGUAUACAAACCGCAUUGGGGGUAUUGGGGCAGAGGUAAGGGGUUAUAGGGCAAGCAGAAUAGGAUAGUAUUCAAUCCCUUAGAUUUUAAUCAUUCAUGUGAGAAUACCCACCACUCAAUUUGUCAGAGAUUUAAGAGAUUUAAUCUAAGCAGAGAGUUGAGUGGUUAGUGCUCCAGAUGUACUGCCUCAGGGUGCCAGUUAGAUUCCCCAGCAAGGUAGUCUACUUAUUUGUGUCUUUCUGAGGCCCAUUAUGUUGGGUAAUGACCUUAAAUCCACAGGGAGUACUAAGCUGCAAAAGCUAAAGAUAUAUAUAUAUAUAUUUUAUUUUUUUUAGGAUCUCCAAUUAAACCUAUAAUAAGCCCUUUUCCUUGGCUCUCCCAUCUCAAAUAUUUUUAGUCCUUCUCUAUCCCUGCAAAUAUUACCUAAACCUCUUGAUUUCACUUGGAUCCUAUCUUACAUGAAAUCUAACUGUUCUGUUGAGGGUUUUUUGCAUGAUUUAUUUCACAUAGGGAUGUGUAAAAUGGUUGAACUUGAUGGGUUUAUGUUCAGCCUAGAUUGCUUGUACCAACAAUACUUAGUAACAGGUUUUUGGAGGGUGUAUGAUAAUAAAAAAAAGCCCACUGUAAGUUAGAAUGUUAGGUACUUUCAAUAGCGGGUUCUCAUUAAUCCUUCACUGUUCCCCCUGUCCAUUAUUCCCCUUACUGUCUUACUGUAGCCAUAAUACUGCACCAGGGCCGGUUACUUGGGUUGCGGGGUAAGUCUACAUGCUAAACGAAAUUACUACGGCUUUCAGUAGCCACUUUGGCUGCGUAGACUCACAUCUUGUAUGUUCCUGAGUGUCUCUCCCUGAAGUUCUUGCAGUAGUUUUUAUGUUUACUAAAAGAUGACCAGUCUGCUCGGCAAUGAUAGCGUAACCUCAUGUUUUGCAGCUAAUCUUAUUUUUAUAAUCUUUCGCUCCACUCUUUUACUACGUGAAACCAUUUAUCUCUGAAGCUCUUCAUCUUUGCACCCCACUGUCACCCCUUUCUUUGUAAAGACCUUCUCGUGUUAUUGGAUGUGUCCUGUAAAUCUAGCAUAGAUGUUAAAGAUUAGGUUGCUCCCAUUUAUUCAAACUCUUUGGAGCAUAAGAUCUGUUCUUAACUCCACACGAGUGGCACAGAUCUCCUACUGCACUUCGGUUUAUUACCAAUAGAAGGCACUGCUAUAUUAUGUCACAUCCAUGCAAAGUGGGUGUAUUGGGAAAUAGAUCUGUGCUGCCAGUGGAAAGAGCUUUUCUCAUCCUUCCCUCCACCACUUGAUUAGUCCAGUGUGUCUGUGAUAGCUCACGCAAGUGUCUUCUAAUGAAAAGUAAGUCUGCAACAGCAAGCUUAAAAUGAUCAAGUGAUGCUUUCCACCAGUAUACCUGGUAGGCUCCUUCUUGGUGUCUUUUUCAGCCUGUGAGGUAGGGUUGAUGGUCCGUUGACCAGAAGGUAGAUUAGCAGAAAUGGGUGUUUGCACAAUGAAAGACAGGAAGUUCUGUUUUUUUUUUGUUGUUGUUUUUUUGGAGAUUGAUUUUCAGAAACUGGUAGUCAUAUGGUUAAAGGUGGAGUACAAGACUGUUGGACAUGUGUCCAGAAUUUAGGGAAAUAUCCGUGUGGGUGUCAGUAGCAGAAAAAUGAUCAUGGUCAUACCUGGGCUACUCAGAAAACAUAAAAACAUUCAAAAAGUGGUUCUUGGAUUCCCAUCAUGUUUUUCGUGAUAAAAAGGUCUUUUUGAGACCCAUACAACCAGCAAUUCAUGGGUGGGAGUUAUACAGCAAUUUCUGGAAGGCAAUUUUUUACUGUACACCAGUAGAACAGCACUGAACCAUAACUUUCGGAAACUAAAAGUUGAACUAUUCCAUUUUAACUUCUGCACAUGUGCUUGUAUGGCAUUUUGCCUUAAUGUCCACAUAAGCACACCAGAGGCUUUAUGGAGAGACAAUUGUCCCUGCAGGAGAAGGAGACUGCUGCUACGUUCACCGUCGUAAACACUGCAAGAGCAUAAAUUCUUGGCUCCAGUGAAGUACGUUCCCUGUUCACUUUUUAAGGAAAAAAAGCUAAAAUUGCUGGCCUUUCUGUUUAAACUGGAGGUUUUAACAUCCCCUCCCAAUUAAUUAAUUCUCUCGGGCUGGGUUGUUCUCCAGUGGAACUUUUGUUAUAAUUUAUGUUGUGCCUAUUCAUUUCACAGUGCUCUGUGAGUAUUUUAAGAUUAAUGCAAUGGUCAAUGACUUCAUUACUUGCACAUUAUGUUGCUAUUUAUUUUCUGUGUAUUACAUGUGAAAACAUCAAUUAGUUUAAAAUGGGUUUGGGCCUACCAAGUAUGCUGGUUAAGUGAAUCUCAUUUGGACACAUUAAGCUUGAUUUUGGUUGUCUUUAUUUCUUUAUUUUCCUCCCCCACACCACCUCUAGGUAUAGAUAGAGCUAUAGUGGGUACAGAUCUGGGUGCCUGGCCACAACUGCACCAAGCACGAUGCCCAUCCACAGGCAGUGAUAAUAUCUCUAUUUUAUGUUGGUGAGUGUAGCAAUGCCUAUUAUUAGGAAAGUGAACGUGAGCCAGCAUUUGGCAUCUUCGGGUGUCUCAUCCAAAUGUCACUGGUCCUUUUGAAAACGAAACCCUAUCAGUGUUUAGAAAUAUGCAUAUUUAUUUAAAACAUUGUUUUACAGACAGCUAUUUUUCCCACAACUGGGAGAUGUAGGGACCAAAAAAAAAAAAAUGCUAUAUCUGUUUUUUACCAAAGCUUUUUGGAUGCACUGGUAGUUCCUUUUUGGUGAGCUCAGAAGAGGAGCUUGCUUUUAAAGCCUCUGAAAAUGUAUUUUAUGUUCUGUAUUUCAGAGUAGUCAGGAGAGAAUUCUUGACUGGAAACCUACUUUGAUCAACUAAUUGUGUUUUGCAAGGUCCAGACUAGAAGCAGUGCUCUCUUGUUGUACCAGACUCUCUUGAGUCAAACCCUUUGUUUAUAAACAUAAAGUGGGUCUGCUGAUCAACUGAACAAAGUCCCUUAAUUUUGCUGAUGCUGUGAGAUAACUCUUUAAAAACGGAAACAAUAUUGGGCUUCUUUAUUUUUUAAUUUUUUUUUAAACCUGUUUUCAUUGAAAUGGUUUGGUUUUCUCUCUAGCUCUGAAGCCAAGCUCUGUGAGUUUGUUACAGUAUCUGUCUGUAUAUAAUGAUCUUUAAGAAACCAGUUACAGACACUGGCACAUAUUAUGCAAGUCUAAAAGAGCGUAACCUUGGAGAUAAAAGGUGAGUUUUUUUUUUCUUGGAAGAGAUCAUUGAGCAAUGUUCUAAACAAGAUUAGAGAUGCACACAAGGUUCAAGGUUCUUGUGUUGAGUGAGUUAGUCUUGUGCUAGAUAAACAAAAGGCACAAUCCAUGACCUCCCUCCUCUAGAUACUAAGCAUGCUGGUCUGUUACUAGAAUCUCAAGCUUAUUCUAGAGAUCCCACGCUGUUCCCGCACUGGCUUUGGCUUUUAGAUGACACCACCAAAUGUUUUUGUAGAUAUGCCUGCUUGAUCCAGAUACUCUGCCACUAAAAUGAAUUUCUCCUGCUGUCUUCCUGUGUAAAGCUAACAAAACGUUGCCAGGUAGCGGGAGUCGUCCAGGGAGCGUCAUAAGGGUAUAUGGCGAUGAGAACAGCGACAAAGUAACACCAGGCACUUUCAUACCGUAUUGUUCAAUGGCUCAUGCACAGCUUUGUUUCCACGGACAUCGAGAUGCUGUCAAGUUUUUUGUGGCAGUACCAGGUAAGCUUUUAUAUGUAAAUAUUUUUCCUGGCCUUAGCCUCUGCAGGAAUUGGGAAUUUAAUUGGUUUACCACUAGAGGGAGACAAAUUCUUGCAUCAAACUUUAUUUUACUAUAUUUAAGGAGGCGUUUCUGUGACCACUAUGAACUUAACUUUUAUUCUAGUUAGUUGGCAGGUUGGGCUUCAUCAUGAUGCGACAGAUAGGAUGGAGCUGGAUUUCUCUGGAUCUGUAAAUCUUCUGGGAAAUUUUACAGAUCCAGGUUUUAGAUCGUAUUUUAUACCAUACAUUGAGCAUGGACACUUUGUGGGCAAUUGUUUAUUUUGGGGUUUGUUGUACACAAAAUGAAUGGCAUUGCAGUGAUUACAGAAUAGUACUGGCGUCUCGAUGCUUUGGCAUCAUUCCAAAAUCAAAGCGGAAUAUUGCAGUUUACCUGUUCAUUAUUUUCUUUUUCCUGAGAUUUCUGUUAACCUGGAUUACUGUAUAAUGACUAAUGAGUUCUAACCAGCUUUUUGUCUUGUUUUGCAGGGCAGGUUAUUUCUUCAUCCGGUGAGAUUAAUCCUGAAAUUUUGGGAGAAAAAGGGGCCUCCUCUCAGCAAGACCUCUCUAGUCCCAGCCAGAAGUCCAUGCUGGUGAUGAGUGGAGGGGAAGGGUACAUCGAUUUCAGAAUGGGUAGCUACAUAUUUUGUUUUUAAAUAUAAUUUAUUUUAUAAAGUGUUUACAAAUAUAUAUAUUUCACUAAAAAGGUUAAAACCAAAUACAAGAAAAAUAAAUAUGAUAAAAAGACUUGAUUGAAAGAAUGUGUCAAGAAAAUCAAUAUGUCAUUCACAAAUCUCCCCAAACUAGAGUGGGUUCUCAGCACUUAUUUCACCUUACAGUCCCAUAACUAAACUCAAAUUAAAUAAGCGAGGGUCUCCUCAGAUCUCGAGUUUGAACAAUUUUUUUUGUUUGUUUUUGUUUUUUUAAUUUUUUUUAUUUGUAUUAGGAGCUCUGGCAGCUUGUGAGGACUGCAAUAUAUAAUAUUGGUCCUCAGGUGGUUAAAUAUGCCAAGAUCAACUUAAAAUAACUAAAAUAUAAUCGUGUGUAUCCUUCUACUUAAUGGUAUUUUAUUUCUAUUUUUCUUUCUUCUUCCCUACAGGGGAUGACUGUGGUGAAUCAGAACCUUUAGAUGACUCAUUACAAUUUGAACCAUCUGUGACCAAAGUUGAAAGGAGUCACCUUAUUGUUUGGCAGGUCAUGGGCAGCAGUGAGUGAAAAAAAGGAUGACACUCUCGAAAUACUCUGCAUGAUUUUAUUUUUUAUUAUAUAUAUUUUUUUUGUACUCUUUAAUCAGACAUUUUAACAUUUCGACUCUGUGUCAACCACAUGAUUCAUGCAAUCUUGUUGGAAGCCAUCAUUCGGCCAUAAGACGGCAUGUCGCUAUCCCGUGAGUUUUCAUCCACCACUCUCUAGUCGACACACCUGCUAACACUCGUUCCUAUUCGCACAGCAGUAAAUGGGACUCACUGACUCCUCGUCUUUUAACCUUUUCAGCUCAUGUAAAAUAACUGCUGGUUGUUCAAAUGGUUAUAUAAACUAAUGAUUGUUUUUCUUAAAGCAACCAAGCGAGCGUUUAAAGUCUGUAAGUUUCUUUGCUGAACAUGCAGAACAGCUGCAAAUUUGAAACGAAAAUUUGGAUUUGAGAGGCAUGUAACUUUGUUUUAUAUUCCGUUGGCUGGUCCUUUUUGCACAUAAACAAGUAGGGAGUGAUACUUUUAUGUUAACCUAAUGGAUAAAAAAGAAACAAAAAAAUCUUUGGUCAAAUUUUUGCUGACAAUUUCAAUGUUCCUUUCUCUAUACGAAAUCAGUAAUUGGAAAGAGAGGCACUCCAUUUUAAAGGCAGGUGUAAUGGCGGGUGCAAUUGGCUUGAAGAUCUGUUACUGUGUCUACAUCAAAGAAAUAGGUUGGCCCAGCAUGUCUUAUAAAUCCAGGUUUCAAUUAGUGAACUAUUUAAAAAAAAAAAAAAAACAACUUUAUUAUAACCAAUUCCUAUAAAAUACAAAGGAAUACUGCAGAGUAUAAGGAGGAGUACUGGUCUUGUGCAUGUUUUAUAUAUGUGCUGACUUAGAGAUGCAAGCAAAGUAACAUAUAUCUGGUAAAUUUGAAUCCAUGCUGGGGGAGGCAGAAUCUGCCGAUCCAAAUGAUGUGGUUUGAGAGAGAGCAUUUAAAUGGUAGAUAGUAUUACCUAUCUUUUAUCUUUGCGUUCCACGGUUAUUUAAAGAGCAACAGAUGAAAUAUUGUGCUGAUCAAAGACGUUCCAAACAUUCUACAAAUAACUUUUCUUUUGCUACUGCAAAAAAAUCUAUUUCAAAAAAGCACUGAACGACCGAUCUUAGAGCAUUGCUUUGUAGACACACAUGCUCUGUUUUACUCAGAAUUGAUGGGGAUUGUAAAGGGAUAUUGUUUCAGAAUUCCAUUUUAUUCUGCUAAUAGUCUCUAUUCAUUGGGCGAAAGGGUCAACACAUGUUUAUAUUAGCAGGUAAUUAAAAAAAAAAAAUCAUUAUCUAGUUGGUUUUUGACUGAUAGGGUAGCAUCAUAUGAGUCUGUGCACCUAAUAGACAUAGCUUGCAGUCUGUCAGGAGAGUAACCUUUUUGAGUAAAUGGCUCCGGAUGUUGGAUCAGAUGCAGGUAUGUUCACAAGCUGUGGCUACACACCGUCCAGUGCUGGAAAUGGAUACGAGGUAAUGACCGACUCCAUUUAAUUAGAUCUAAUAUCGUUUUUUUGUUUUUUUUUAAUACAAACAGGUUAUCUAACUACAGUAAUAGAGAAAGUGUUAUACUAACCGCUCUCUGUUGGGUAAGUGAUGGUAAAAACCCAAAACACACUGCAUUUUUCUUAAACCUCCUUUUAAAAUAACUUUUGAUUCUAUAAAAGCAACAUAAUUAACAUUUAAAUGUCAGUGGUUCUUUUAAAUAUAUCACCUCUAUAUAACGCAGUUUAAAAAAAUUUAUAUAUAUAUUUUUAUGCUCCAGGAUGAGUUCAAUUGAUAAAAUACAAAGUGUUUUUUUCCUCUUUCUUUCUUAAAUGAACGUUAAACAAUAGUGCCCCAAACUUAAGAAGUUUUAUUUAAAACCGUUUUGAAUUUGAUUGCUGUGUUGGUAACUAAAUUAAUAUUUUCUGAUGUAUUCAACUGCUUGUUCUCAGAACAAAAUAGACUUUAUGUCGCUAAAGUUUUACAAACUUUCAUGGGUAGGACAUUGUUGUAGUAUAAUUUUAGAGCACUUUAUAAAAAAGCAGGGCUUAAGUGAUUUACAGAAGAAAAAAAAAUCUAAUAUAUAAUCUGUUAGUAGAUGGGCAGUGACAGUCUGGAUAUCACAGCAUGUGAAGAAAAGCUAAAUAUGCUCAAUGUAGACAUGGAAAAAACACAGUUCACUUAUACCUCUAUUUUCAUCUAGGUUUUAAACAUUAUUAAUAUUGUGUUUUAUACCAGUUCUAAAAUGAAGUUCUUAAACACAGUGUUUUUAAAUAAUGUAACUAAAGUUUAAGGUUGAUCUUUACAUUUAAUUUACUUUUUUUGUGAACCUUUCUUUAUAUUUCUUGUAUCUUCCAGGCAGAAUGUGUUUAAGAUGUAAUAUAUUUAAAAGUGUAUUUUGAAAUUCAUUUUGAUCAUAUUUUCUUUAAUAUGUAGUUUUGCCAGUACCUGGGACUGGUAUUGAGGUGCUUGAACAAGGUGACCACUAUCACCUCUAUUGUUUUGGACCGGAGGACAGAGUUUGAGAAUUUAUGGCCUUAUUUUAAAAUGCUUAUUUUGAAGUGGACAUUUUUGCCAGAUGUCUGGCACUCAAAAUAAUUGAGUAGUCCCUUUUUAUAAAAACAUAUUACACAUAUUUAGCUCACUAUUUUUAUCACUAGGCGCUUAAAGGCCCAAUAUAGAGUGAGCAAGAAAUUAGUGGUUUUAAAUGGUGGCAAAUAUGCGUCUACUUAAAUUUUUUUUUUUUUUUUUUUUGGUUUGGUUUGGUUUUUUCUCCUUCAGUUUUCAUAUAAACCUGAUGGUCAUUAAGAAGACUUUCACAAUCCUACACUUUGUUUUUGCCAAAACAUCGCAAGAUCUUUAAAUUGAGAUUGGUCACAAAACAAGAGCUUUAUGAACCAUCAUUAAACUGUAUUUUUUUUGUUGUUAUUAUUUUAUUCUGAAACAAACUACAGUUGUAGCAGAAUUAAGGUAACUCACCCUAUUCCACAAAUAUCAGUAUUAUUCAAUUUUUCAUAUAAGUAUAGUUUUUGAUUUUUGUGGCAUUUAAUUAAGAUAUGCAAAAUCCAUAGUCAACAAGCAGAUGUUUUAAAUAAACCCAGUCAGAGUUGAAGGAACACCAAAUAGGUGUACAAAGUUUCUACAAUGUUGACCAUGUUUGUAAAUACAUAGUGACAUUUGUUUAGCAAACAGACCAAACGUAGGUGCGCCUGCACUGUAAGCCUUGUUGUAGUCCUAUUAUUGUUCAACUACAGAAGGUGGUUUGCCAAACAUUCAGGGGCCUAAAUAAACCAUGACAUUACCACCCAGUACCAGUUAGCUUCUCCUCCUAUCCUGCAUCCUGUGGAAUUUGGACAAAAACAGGAAGGUUAUAGGCAAAGCCUCUGGCUCCUUAAUUUGAAAAAGUUGCAUUGCCUAAAUUCUAUGCCGAGUUUCCUGGGAAAAUCUUUAAACCAAAAUUAUUUUAACAGCUGUGAUUAAUUACCAAGUGAGAGUGAUUAUUGUACUCUUGUUUUAGUGGCUACACCCUGACCUACUUAAAGUAAAAACCAUACUUCUGGGUCUUCACUUGCCGUUUUUCACUCCUGAACUUCCACGGUUUAAAUUUUUUACCAAUGUAUUUUAUAAUUGGUGGCCGAUGAAAAAUGUAUUUCAAAAUCUUUAAUUUUCCCAGCCAUGCUAGUUUGAGAUCCUAAGUUCUGUUUUGUGAGUUGUAGACAAGUUUGGUUGGUUUAAAGUUCAGUUUUGUAAAAUCCCUAAAUCACUGGCCAACACAAAUGUAGUGUUAAGAAGCAGAUAAUUCAGGAGGCUGUAUCGGUUAGAGAUUUACAUCACUUAACAAUUAAGUCGGCAAGGAACUUCAGACUAAAAUAGCGGAGCCAGAAGAAUAACACAUUUAAAAAUGUAUUUUCUGUAUGGCUACCACGGACUUCAGUUCCACUAUCCAUUUUCUACACUGCUCGGUUUAAUGGAUGAAACCCCACUGCGUUUACGAGAGCAGGCUGUUGUGGUGUUUUCUGCCUACUAUCUGUACACAGUGGAGGUCCUGCAAGCUUUAUAAAUCGGGUGAAUUUAAUUCACUUUUCUCUUUUUUUUUUAAAUCUUUUUUUUUCUCUUCAGUGUCGCCUAUUAUCCAUCUUUUUAUUUUCUGCUUUAAAAUACUUUUAUAUGGAGGGUGGGGGUGGGGAGGGAAAUGCUAAAACUUGACACUUUUUUUCAAAAGCAUUCAUGCACAUUCACCGCUGAAUUGUAUUUUCUAUAAAAUUGAAGUCAUUUUCUAUAAGUCUAUAUAUAUAUAUAUAUGGUAACACUAAUUAUAGUUAUAUAUUUCACACGCUUGUACGCUCACAUUUAAUGUAAUGUAAAACCUUUUCAGAGGUAUGACUAUUACGUUUUUCUUUUUUUCUUUUUUUGUAAAAUCGAGUUAUACUAAUUGAGUAGUAGACUGGGUGAUGGUUUGUGUCUAUGAUAAAUGUAGUUUGCAUUUACGAUAAAUGCAAUAUACAUUUGCUUAACGACUUUUCCCAUCCUUAUAAAUGCAAACCACACUCUUGCACACAAAAUACCAGAUGUCUUUUUGAUAGACAGUAUAACACUAUGUAUAAUUAAAUAUUUAUUCUACUGUAAGAAAUACAAGAUGUACCAAAGGAUUUAAUAUAAUUACAUUGUGGGGCUUUACGAUAUUCAUUUCUGUAAAAAGAGUAUGAUUUUUGACAACAUGAAAUGGUAGGAUUAGAUCAGACUUCACCAAACUCCGGCCCUCCAGAUGUUGCUGAACUACAACUCCCAUAAUUCUAUGAAUGAAAUAGGCUGAGAAUCAUGGGAGUCGUAGUUCAGUAACAUCUGUAGGGCCAGAGUUUGGGGAAGCCUGGAUCAGAUCCUUUCCGAAGGGUUAUCUUGCAAAUCUGAUAUUAUUUUGCUUUUUGUACUAAAUCCUUAUAGUUAAGUAAAGGCUAACUGUGGCUCUGCAGAAGUUUCAAAACUACAUUUCCCAUGAUGCUUAGAUAGCAAGGAAAUUAAGUUUAUCCAGAUGUCUACAGAUCCAAAGUUUACCAUCACGGUUUUGUAUCAGCUGUCCUCAAUCUUAAUGUACUUUAUGUGCUUUCUUUAGAACAUCUAAAAACAUUUCAGUUAUCUGAAUAUAUUUUAAUCCAUCUGUUGUCUGUAACCUUUGUUAAUUUCGUUUUAUCAAAAGGCUGUUUGCUAUUGCUGCCUGUUUUAUUUUAAGACCUAACUUGUGUGAGCAGGGAAAAACAUUUUUUUGUUUUUCAGAUUUCUCAGUAUUUAUUUUCAUCAUUGACCCUGCCCUGGGGUAUAGAAUGUAGCUUUGUACAUGAUAUACAUGUGUGUAAAUAUAUAUAUAUAAAUAUGUAUAUGAAACUACAA